UCCCACUGGUGCAGAUGGCAACAAAAACCCAAUGUGUCACCCACUGCCGUGAACCCACGCGCACGCAACAGAACGUGGCACAACAAGGGGUGCAUUGAUGGAAGCCAAGCGCUUGACAGUGGCGCUUUGCGGACAUGUGGACUCAGGGAAGACCUCACUUGCUGGAACCCUACUCUACAUGCUUGGAAGGAAAGACCUGGUGCCAUGCCUUGCUACCCCGGAAGAGCAUCUUAGAGGAAUCACCAUCACUUGCAAGAGGCAUGAGUUCUUCACGGACAAAUGGAACUACACGCUAGUGGAUUGUUCGGGUCAUCGCGAUUUCAUCAAGAAUAUGUUAAUGGGUGCCUCACAAGCGGAGGCUGCUAUCCUGUUGGUUCCUGCUGACGGAAGCUUCACUAGCUCAGUGCAGCCAAGUAGCAGGGAAUACAUUGAAGGCGGAACGCGACAACAUGGCCGGUUGUUGAGACUCUUGGGUAUACAACAGAUGUGCGUUGUGGUAAACAAGAUGGAUUGUGACCUCUUUUACGGAAGCGGCCGAGCACGGGAAGAGCGGUUUAAUGAGAUCAGGAGCGAAGUGAAGCGCUUGCUGGCAAAGGUCGGAUGGCCCAAAGGAGUAGUCGAAACUUCCAUUCCCAUCCUGCCACUCUGUAGCCACACGGGCGACAAUGUGAUCGCUGCAUCAAGCAACAUGGCUUGGUGGCCAGGACAGGAGUUGCAGAUAGGCCAGGAGACCAUUCAUGUGAAGACUUUGUACGAUGUUUUGAAUCAAGUGUUCCGGCCGAAGCAGAGCUCUCAAGCAGAGCUCCAGCCUUUGCGGAUGUCAAUCUCCAACGUGUAUUGCACACCACGAGAUCGUACCAAGAUCGUGGCUGGCCGCGUAGAGCAAGGGUGCCUUCAAGCAGGUGAGGAAAUCAGGCUUCUGCCAGAAGAUGGAGAUGAGAGUGAGGCCACUGUGGAUAGCAUUCAAAUGUUUUCUCAAGCACGAGACUCCGCCACAGAAGGUGACCUCGUGGGCCUGAAGCUUGCAGGCUUGGGAAGAAAACCUCGAUCUGGGGAUGUGGUGGUGGCCAAGGAUGACAUGAGCUUCCGCAAUGUCAUUCGCUUCGAUGCACAGGUGAUGGUUCGGAAAAGAGAGAUCAAGACUGGCUACUGUCCGCUAGCGAUGGUUCGCUGUGCUCGCGCGCCAUGCCGUCUUUGCUCCAUACGAUGGAAAAUGAGCAAGCAGACAGGAGAUCAAAAGAUCGAUGCUCCAAGUGAGCUAGUCUUUGGGGAUUUGGCACUUUGCACAUUCGAGCCAUUGAAGCCUUUUCUGUGUGACUCCAGCACAGGGCAGUCAGUGUCCUUUUCCCGAAUUAUUUUCCUGGAUGGUCAUCAAGAUGUCUUGCUCGGCAGGAUCGUUCACUGUGAGCGCAAAGGAGAAUAUGCUGACAAAGGGGGCAAGAAGAAGUGAAGGAAGGACUUAUCCAGGUAAACUUGCACAUGUUGGAAGUCCUUUGAGGGUGUCUCCAUUUCCAUCCAUUGCCAUCUAAUUGUAUUGAUUGGCAGAAGCAGCACACGCUCUGUCACGGGCUGGACUGGACAUCUCCAUGUCUUGAGGCUUCUUUGAAAGCAUAACGUGAGAGACUUCUGCUACGAACACUUUGAUAGGAUGGCGACGUGCAUGAGUGCUGCCAGUGAAAAGAAUCACUCAGUGAAAUAGCUCAAGUCAUGGCACAAGGGCCAUGGAGUGCCACACCAUUCGCGCCAAGAGGGGGACGACAUGGACGAUCUGUCUUGGAGCUUCACGUCCAUCGCCAGAACGCCGUCAGAUCGACGCCGUAGACGCCGUGCUCCAAGGCUGCGAAGAUGAAAGAAUUCGUCCAGGUGAGGGACCUUUGGUGAUCAACCAGGGAAAUCAAGCUCCCAUAACAAGGAACAUCCAAGCUCCCUGGUUGAUAAGCUCCCU